CUCUCCGCCAGUGGGAGAACGUGAACUUGUGCCUGUGCUGCCGCCCCCAGAACCCACUCAUCGCCCUUGCAGCCCCCGUAGGGAGGCAGAAGCAGGCGAGAGGGAAGGACAGUCAGUGGGUUUUUUAAGUUGGUUUUAGUGAUGUGAGGACUGGCAAUAGAGGGGAUGAUCAUCAUGAUAUAUUUUCUUUAAAAGAUGAAUUGUCCAAAAGCAUGUUUCCAUUAAUAAUAAUAACAAUAAUAAUAAUAAUAACAACAGUCAAUGGGUUUUUGAAGUUGGUUUUUGUGUUUUAACCUUCCCUGGUGUUUUGCCUUGUGCAGCAGAGUGAUGUGAAAAUGGAGGAACAGGGACCAAAGAGGAAAAGACUGGAGUCCAAAGGAAAAGAAUCUGCUGCGGACCAACUUGGGACCAUCAGGGAUCUUCUGCCUUGGGCAGAUUUACGUCAAAUAAAGCAGGAGCCAGAGGAGGGGCGGCCGCAGCAGUACUGGGAUGCCCAGUGGCAGGAUUUCCUGAAGACGAUGCAGCCCCCUCGUUCCGGGUGGGAAACCCCACAGGCUCCCAGUCCUCCCCUCUCCGGAGAUGGUGUCCUCCCGGCCUCCUUCAGGGGAGCUGCGGAUGCCAGUCGGUGGCCCAGUGGGAGAGCAGGGGGGACAGACCAGACCCUGCCAGACCUGAGUGGGGAGGCACACGAGGAAGGAGGGGAGCAGAUUUCCUCUGUGAAAGUGAAGGAGGAGAUCCUGGACGAGGAGGAGGAAGACACCAACAUGAGGUCGGAGAUGGAGCGGCAGAGCUUCCGGCGGUUCUGCUACCAGGAGGCCAAGGGGCCCCGAGAGGCCUGGCUUCGGCUCCAGGAACUUUGCUCCCGGUGGCUGAAGCCAGAGAGGCGCACCAAGGAAGAGAUCGUGGAGCUGCUGGUCCUGGAGCAGUUCCUGACCAUCCUGCCUGCGGAAAUGCAGAGCUGGGUCAAGGGAUGCAGGCCAGAGACCUGCACCCAGGCGGCGGCCCUCGCUGAGGACUUCCUGCUGCAGCUGCAAGACACCGAGGGGCUUCCGGGAAAGGAAGCUGCAACUUGCUCUGGAUUCUGCGCUCCUCAGGAAGCUGAACCUGCAAACCUAGCUGAGACUGAACCUGCAACCCUGGCCAGGAUGGAAGGAGGAAGAUGGACGGUUGACCGGCAGUUUAGGGACAAAGACUCCCAAACAGUUGAGGAAGAUGAAAGUCAGAAUUCUGUGGAGCCACCUGUGAAUUCAUUGGGAAGAACAAAGAAACAGCUUAAAUGUAUGGAGUGUGGGAUGUGCUUUUAUCACAGUGGAAGUCUGAGGAGACAUCAACAAGCUCACAAAGGAGAGAAACUAUUUGAAUGUAUGGAGUGUGAAAAGAACUUCAACCGGAAGGAUAAACUUACAGUACAUUGGCGAACUCACACGGGGGAGAAACCAUUUAAAUGUAUUGAAUGUGGAAAGAGCUUCAGUCGAAGUUGGACACUUAAAAGUCAUCAGCGAAGUCAUACAGGGGAGAAACCAUUUAAAUGUAUUGAAUGUGGAAAGAGCUUCGGUCGAAGUGGAGAACUUAGAAUGCAUCAACGAACUCACACAGGGGAGAAACCAUUUAAAUGUAUUGAAUGUGGAAAGAGCUUCAGUGAAAGUGGAAAACUUAGAAUACAUCAACGAACUCACACAGGGGAGAAACCAUUUAAAUGUAUGGAGUGUGGAAAGAGCUUCAGUAAGAAUGAAGCACUUAGAAUACAUCAUCGAACUCACACGGGAGAGAAACCAUUUAAAUGUAUUGAAUGUGGAAAGAGCUUCAGUCGAAGUUGGGCACAUAAAAGUCAUCAGCGAAGUCAUACAGGGGAGAAACCAUUUAAAUGUAUUGAAUGUGGAAAGAGCUUCGGUCGAAGUGGAGAACUUAGAAUACAUCAACGAACUCACACAGGGGAGAAACCAUUUAAAUGUAUUGAAUGUGGAAAGAGCUUCAGUGAAAGUGGAAAACUUAGAAUACAUCAACGAACUCACACAGGGGAGAAACCAUUUAAAUGUAUGGAGUGUGGAAAGAGCUUCAGUAAGAAUGAAGCACUUAGAAUACAUCAUCGAACUCACACGGGAGAGAAACCAUUUAAAUGUAUUGAAUGUGGAAAGAGCUUCAUUCAACGUGGAGACCUUAUAAUACAUCAACGAACUCACACAGGGGAGAAACCAUUUGAAUGUUUUGAGUGUGGAAAGAGCUUCAGUGUUAGUGGAAAACUUAGAAGACACCAACAAGCUCACACAGGGGAGAAACCAUUUAAGUGUAUUGAAUGUGGAAAGAGCUACAGUCAAAGUGGAGCACUUAGAAUACAUCAACGAAUUCACACGGGGGAGAAACGAUUUGAAUGUAUUGAAUGUGGAAAGAGCUUCAGUCGAAGUGAGACACUUAAAUGUCAUCAGCGAACUCACACAGGGGAGAAACCAUUUAAGUGUAUUGAAUGUGGAAAGAGCUACAGUCAAAGUGGAGAACUUAGAAUACAUCAACGAACUCACACAGAGGAGGAACCAUUUAAAUGUAUUGAAUGUGGAAAGAGCUUCAGUCGAAGUGAGACACUUAAAUGUCAUCAGCGAACUCACACAGGGGAGAAACCAUUUAAAUGUAUUGAAUGUGGAAAGAGCUACAGUCAAAAUGGAGCACUUAGAAUACAUCAACGAAUUCAUAUGGGGGAGAAACAAUUUGAAUGUAUUGAAUGUGGAAAGAGCUUCAGUCGAAGUGAGACACUUAAAUGUCAUCAGCGAACUCACACAGGGGAGAAGCCAUUUAAAUGUAUUGAAUGUGGAAAGAGCUUCAGUCGAAGUAGAGAACUUAGAAUACAUCAACGAACUCACACAGGGGAGGAGCCAUGUAAAUGUAUUGAAUGUGGAAAGAGCUUCAGUCGAAGUGAGACACUUAAAUGUCAUCAGCGAACUCACACAGGGGAGAAACCAUUUAAAUGUAUUGAAUGUGGAAAGAGCUUCGGUCGAAGUGGAGAACUUAGAAUACAUCAACGAACUCACACAGAGGAGGAACCAUUUAAAUGUAUUGAAUGUGGAAAGAGCUUCAGUCGAAGUGAGACACUUAAAUGUCAUCAACGAACUCACACAGGAGAGAAACCAUUUAAAUGUAUGCAGUGUGGAAAGAGCUUCCGUGAAAGUAAAACACUUAGAAUACAUCAUCGAACUCACACAGGGGAGAAACAUCAGCUAACUCACACACGAUGAAAAGUACAGAUGUAUUGAAUGUGGAAAGGGCUUCAGAGGGAGUGGAGACCUUAAUAUUCAUUAGCAAAUUCACACGGGGGAAACGAUGUAAAUGUAUGAAGUUUUCCACUCAGGGUUCACUACUUACAUCAAGAAACUCAUAAGGUGGAAAUCAGUUGUAAAUGCAUGGAAUGAUGUUUUAGUGUUUGUACUUAAAUUUGUAUACACAUAUAUAUGUAUUAAAGUAAUGAAGGUCACAUGUACUAAAUGUACAAAGUAAGUGGCAACUUUUUGCUAGAUAAACAGGGAGAGAGUGUGAAUCUGGAA